AUGGCGACCAAGUCCAGGGCCAAUGGCCUCAACUCCAUGCAUACGGCUGGCAUCUUCUCUGAUAUGACCGUUGAUGGCCCGGAAAUUGGAACUCUUGUUAUUAUUGUUGAUCGUGCCAAGAACCUGCCAAAUAGGAAGACCAUUGGGAAGCAGGAUCCGUAUUGCGCGGCAAGGCUAGGCAAGGAAGCAAAGAAGACAGAGACUGAUCGCCGAGGAGGUCAAACCCCAAGAUGGGACCAAGAGCUUCGAUUCACCGUACACGACUCAGCCGACUACUAUCAGCUGAAGGUCUCCGUGUUCAAUGACGAUAAAAAGACGGAUUUGAUUGGAGAGAGCUGGAUAAACCUGCAAGAUGUAGUAAUACCAGGUGGAGGGCAGAAUGAUCUGUGGCACAACUUGAAUUGCAGGGGGAAAUACGCGGGGGAGAUCAGAAUCGAAAUCACUUAUUACGACACCAGGCCAAAGCAGGACAAGCCAGAGAAGACCAAGCAAGCCGCCACGAAUGGAGUUGAGGAAGGGGCAAGAGAUUCUCUCAGGGGCCCGAGACAGCCAAAGUCUACUCCUGUUAAGAGACGACCAUUACCAUCUGAUCCAGUCACUGGAGCCCCAGCACCUGCGCCAAUUCCUGAUCACGUCCAAACACCACCCCGAGGAUAUCAACCUCAAGCUGGGACACCAGACUAUGCUCAGCGUGGACACCAGUCGGCAGGGACUCCAGAAUAUGCCCCAACGACACCUCGGGGGCAACCACCAAGCGCUAUUCCAGAUCACGUUCAAACCCCGCCUCGAGGACAUCAAAGCCCCGGUUACAUCCCAAACCAGUCGCCUCUUCAAAAUGUCGAAUAUGGCACUCCUCCGAGCCACUUCCCAAGCUAUAACAAUAGCCCAAGCAUGAACGGAUACGUUGCUGCUCCUAUACCAAUUGCACAGCCAGUUGCACACGAGAGAUAUGAGAUAUACGAUCCUGCAGCAGCUACGAAUAAUCACACAGCAAAUGGCAAUGGCAGAGGACAUUAUGAGGCAGACGAAGAGGUUGAUCCGCGAGACGCGUAUAAUUCUCAACACAGCCCCUACGAGCUUCCUCAACCGGAAGAUUUCGGCCCAACACCAAGCCCUGGAGGCCCUCCACCCCCUCCGCCUGCUCAUCGAAGUAGGCAUGGGAGUAAUCAGGUCAGCCCAGCACCUGCUAUGAUAUCCCAAGGAAGUUAUGGAUACCCAUCAGAUCGAAGACCCUUGAACCCAUACGACAUGCCACCAGAUGAUUUUCAUGGGCACUCUAUGCCUGCAUACUCGCAAGGCAAUUCUUAUCAACAUUAUGGUUCUCCUGGACACGAUGACCAGUUUCGAAAAUCUGACAAUAGCAGCUUUCAGCAAACAACACCACAACAUGACUCAUAUGAUUCAAGAUUUAAUGAUUACGGCUCUAUGCAACCAACCGUCGAAGAUGCUCCGCCGUCUCCAUCGCCAUAUUCAAGACAUCAAGGAAGCACAUCACAUUCAUCACAAUACGAUGAGCGAAAAUAUGAUCAGGUCCCAUCGCCUGCACCAUUAAAUCUAAAUGGCCGGGGAAGUGACAUUUCGAGUCGAGGUGCCGCGAACAGUGCUCCAAGUCACCAGUACUCGAAUAGUUCCGGAUAUCCUGCUUCCAACUCGGAGGUCUCAUAUAGAGAACCGUCGUAUACAGCAAGCUCUGUCUCUCCACGGCCAGCAUAUAGUCAAAUGCCGCAGCAAAGUCAGCAAUCAAGGAAGCAGUCGUAUGAUCCAUCGGUUGGCCCUGCUGAGGAUUAUGGGAUACCAGUUCCAGCAACACUAGUUCCCGGUAUGGACCCUAUGAUUGCGCAAGAGAUAUCUGAGAGGAUAUACGACGAAAAAAGAGCAAGCUACAAUCAACAAGGUGGAAAUUCUCGGGGCAGACCAGACUCGGUUCCAUAUCAGCAAAGCCGGCCCCAUCCGCUCUCAUAUCAGGAGGCACCACCUCCAUUCGUACCUGCUGCAGCUUCGUACGAUGAUAGACAGAGUCAGUUUUCGAAUACUACCGUCGCUCUUGUGAAGCCAAGGGCAAUCUCACCCGAUCCACGAGUGCCAGCGAGAAAGUCCGUCAGUCCUUACGCUGCACCAGUCGAUGACGGAAGACGACUAUCCGGGGUGCCAUUUGGUCCUGAUUCAUACAAUGCAUUGAAUCCCAAGAUCUCUGGCUCAAUAUCUACUCUUUCUUUGAGUUCGAAGUACGACACGAAGGAGCCAGAUGCAGAUGCGAAGAUCAUUACGCAUGAUGGUCGGGAGAUUGAUCCAAGUGACCACAUCCCCGAAUCCAACUAUGCACCACUACUAGAAUGCAAAGGUCCAAAAUACGCGUCCCAGCUUCCAGACCGGAAUCACCGACCAGCCCCCAACGGCCCGCAACCCCUUUCUGCUUCAGGCCGACGGCAACUGAAAGUGGCUCCACGUCCUCAUUCCAUGUCAACACCUCCUGCCCCGACGUACACGAGCGGCCCGUCCGACCCUAUGACACCCACAGGUCGUAACCGUCUGCAGAAAAAAUCAAACAGAAUGUCGGCUCAACCCGCUCCACACUCGAGUCCUCUCGCUCCUAUAACGCCAUACCAGAACAAUAGUUAUACACCAAGGAGUCAAGCGAGACCUAAUACCGGUGAUUAUAAUGCCAAUGAGAACUAUUCACCACUUGGAAAUAGCGGCUAUAGAGGCUCAGGGGGAGCACCACCUAUACCCGCAAAAGUGCCCAUGGGAAUGGGCUCGGCACCACCGCCGCAAUCUGGUGGAGGAGACGCGUGGGCUUUAUUAGAGGAGAUGAAGAAUAUUGAUUUAGGUGGCGGGCGCUCGAGAAGAAGGGGAUAUUAA